AUGUCUCCCAAAAUAGAUGAUGUCGCUGCUUGUAAUGGGAGACUGAAUGAUAGGAAAAGAACGUUUGAUGAAUUCGAUACAGAUUCUGAAGAAAACAAUAAGAAUAGGUUGCCAGCAACAAAAAAAACCACUAGCUUACCAAGUGAAGUUAUUCAUUUUGAUUCAAUAAAUAAGAAGCUUCUAGAUUUCGAUUUCGAAAAAGUUUGUUCUAUUUCAUUAGCUAUUAUUAAUGUCUACUGCUGCUUGACCUGUGGGAGAUUCUUUCAAGGAAAAUCCAAAAACUCAUUUGCUUACAAGCAUUCAGUCGAUAACGCUACCCAUAAACUUUUCAUUAACUUACAAAAUGGUAAAGUAUUUUGUCUCCCAGAAAAUUUUGAAGUUGAUCCUCAGCGAAAGAACGACUUGUUAAAUGAUAUCAGAAACCUAAUAAGUCCCAAAUAUUCUAAAGAUCAACUACAGAGCCAGUUGUAUGAUCCUUCAAACUGCGUUGCUUUUGAUUUGGUGAACCGCAACCAAUAUAAAAUAGGGUUUUUGGGAUUAAGCAUUAUUAACAAUAAUAGCAGAAAUAACUUUCAGAGUGUGAUAUUACAACUAAUUGCUCAUUUACCCAAAAUUAGAGAUUGGUACCUAAUACAAACAUCGGCUAAUGAUGGAAUAGAUGUUUUUAAUAACAAGGAUUUGAAAUUUUCUAAGAAUUAUGAACUAAACAUAAAAUUGGGACUAUUUAUGAGAAAAUAUUGGUUUGAUAAGCUAUUCAAGACACAAAUAUCGCCAUUUGAUCUUUUAAAUUAUAUCAAUAAGAUGUCAAAUGGAGUGUUUUUGAACAACAAUCUUGAUAAUAACGAUCCAAAAUUCUUCUUGAAUUGGCUUUUAAAUAAUUUGAAUUUGGGGCUCAAGAAAUCAAAGCAAGGAAAUAUUCUUGUGAAUAAUGUGCAGGGAAAAAUUGAGGUGGAGGAAGUUGAUGAAGAGAAACAUUCCAGAAAGUCAACUAUCACAAAAUUUUGGCAACUAACUUUGAAUUUACCAGACAAGAAGGUUUUAUCAUCAUCAGGGGCAAAUGAUUCCACAAAAAUAGAACAGAUAUCUCUCAAUCAGCUUCUAAUUUCAAAGUUUAAAGUGCCAACAAUUGUCAACAAUUCAGUAUACAAAAAUUACAAAUUGAAAUCUUUGCCAAAUUACUUGGUUCUCAAUUUCGAUAGAUUCAACAAGAACUUUAGGCAUAAUUUCAACGAUAUUGUCAUCAAGUAUGAUAUUGAUUCUCUUGAUUUGACCAGCUACUUGCCACCAGAAAAGACAAAGGAUAAAAAGUAUGAAUACAAACUUAUUAUCAAUAUUGUUCACAAUUCUAUAAACAGUAAAAAUGAUGAAAGCACCAUUGCGCCUGAUAGCAAUUCACUUUUUGAUGCUAAUAACCACACUUGGAAAGCUCAAAUGCUAGACCAAAUAACAAAUGAGUGGUAUGAGAUAGAUAAUUUGCAAGUGAAAAAAAUCAAUAAGAGGCUAAUCUUUUUAGAUGAAAGUUAUGUCCAAGUUUAUCAGAGAGUAAGAUAA